CCGGGAUGCUGACUUUCUAGGCAGAGUUGCAAAGAAAAAGCCAUAUUUCAGACUGGCCAAUUAAAUAUUAAGAUUGGGGGGGGGAAGAACUAACACUGGACAGAGCAACUCUGCCUAAAAGGCCAGCAUCCCGGAGUCGCCUCUUCAUCGCUGACUCUGAAGGCUGUAGACCUGGCUCCUAACAUUUAUUCUUUCAGAUAGUUUAGGUACUUGAUUUAGCUCGCACCCCUUAAGCUCGUCAAAAAUCGCCUCAAUUUACAGAGGAGCUACAUUACUAUGCAAUGGUCUCCAAGCAGCCAGAACAGCAUAGUCGGCUAAAAUAGUGCUGACCAGCCGACGAGACGAGCCCAGCAUAGAUCAGCCCAAAUCAAAAAUGACUUGCGCUAGCAUUAGCUCAAAUUAUACCCAAGCUUCAAAAAGCCUUGGUUGUUGCUCAGCACAUCUAAAAUAAGCUCCUGUUGGAUCAUUAAGUCGCAUGUCCCCCUUUUCCUACUAAACGGCUGUGGUUCAGAAUCCGACAGCCAAUCAGAUAGUCCUCCCCACCUGAUAUCCCCCAGCUGCCUUUGCUGAAUUAGGAGCUUCCAGAGAAGCAGUUACAGCUGCCUUUCUCCACUUGCCUUUUCUGGGGCAGUCAAUCUGAGACACACACACACACACACACACAGAUUUCCUGAUUCAUUUGGAAGGUUGAUUUAAGAAGUAGAGAAUGACGCGGUGUGUAAAUUGGAAUGGCUACGUCUAGUACUGCAUUGGUGACUUGGUGCUUGUCGCCUCAAACGAAAUUCUUCUGCUGCUCUUAUCGUUCGCUACAUACUUCAGUCGGAGACUGCCGUCAUUGAAGUCAUGUGGUGGUGUCAAAAUGAGGGGUGCUGUACAAAACAAAGUCAUCAGUAACUGUAUCUCUAACCAAUCAGAGUAUCAAAGCCAAUGACGAAUUUUCAAAACACUGCUUUACCCACGUGUGGAACCAAUCGGAUGGUCCUAAAUAGAUUUCCAUUCUAGAUAUUGUUGGGGAGCUACUCGAAUCCAGACUCAUUGCGUGGAAGACAGUCAUGUCCGUGGGCAUUAGGUAGCGUUUGGGUAGCCAGGCAAGGUGACUGGAUCUUUGACAGCAGUGUCCACUACAUUUGCUGUGUGUAUAGGGCAUCUGUUAGGAAUACUGACGUGUUUGUUAGGAAUUUCGUUUGUUAGGAAUACUGACAUCUGUCUGCCUCUGUCCCUCCAUUUUCCCCUCCAUCUUGCCUUGUUCUGUUCUUUCCUAGCCUCGAGGUCUCUCUCUUGAUCUUUGCUUGUUGGACAGUGUCAAUUUGGGGUAGCGGCGUGGACAAUGCUGGCUGUGUCUUCAACCUGUCUUUGCUCCUGGAUGGCAUACUGCACUCAAGACAUUUUUCUGUUUGUACAUUGGCCAGAGAGAGAAUGGUCAGAACUUUAGGUACAACACACCACAGAGCUUCUAUGGAAGGAUAAGGUCUGCAGCCUCCACACCAAACACUACUGACACCACCAUCGGAAAGCUAAAGCUGUAGCAAGCUACUAUAGUUAAGUGGCCGAGGUAGGCCAUAUCUUUGAUGCCUAACCCAACCACUAAGACCAAGGGUUUCCGGUUAUCUGUGCCCCAUCAACACCUUGCCGUCUUCCGUAACCCUGCCAAACGUUAAAUUUCCUGCUUUGGUCCCUCCUCCGCAGCCACCAUGCGUCCCUCACUCGCGGUCCUUCCCAGGACCCGUAACCAUCCCCACACAGCCCCCCCCCACAAUGCACACGGACUGUCUGCACACGUGGGGCGGGAGCACCUGUCGGCACCACGGAGGCGCAGCCCACACCUGCGGCACACGCUCAGCCCAGAGAACCUGCGGAGCCUGGCGGAGCGAGGCGGUGCCGCCAGGGACACGGCUUCUGUGGUGAGCAGCCCCAUGGGUCUCCCGAGGGCCAACAGCGACACAGACCUGGUGACCUCGCAGGGUCGCUCGUCGCUGACUGCAUCCACACUGGAGUUCACGCUGGGGAGGGGCCAGAACCUGGUCAUCUCCUGGGACAUCAAGGAGGAGGUGGAUGCCACCGACUGGAUCGGCCUGUAUCACAUUGAUGAAAUCAGCCCAUCCAAUGUGUGGGACUGUAAGAACCGUGGGGUGAAUGGGACACAGAGGGGCCAGAUCGUCUGGCGGUUGGAGCCUGGGCCUUACUUCAUGGACGCUGAGACCAAGAUCUGCUUCAAGUACUAUCACGGCGUCAGUGGAGCCCUGAGAGCAACCACCCCCUGCAUCACUGUGAAGAACCCUGGAGUCCUGGGAGAAGGUCAAAGUGAGGGGCAGUCAUCCACAGAUCAUCCUCGCAAACUAAUCAGCUUUACUUUGACAGAUAUGCAUGCUGUGGGGCUGAAGAAGGGUAUGUUCUUCAACCCGGAUCCCUACCUGAAGAUGUCCAUCCACCCUGGGAAGAGAAGUGGCUUCCCCACCUUCAGCCACCACGGACAGGAGAGACGCUCCGCCAUCAUCGCCAAUACCACCAACCCUAAGUGGCGCGGAGAGAAAUACACCUUUGUAGCAUUGAUGACAGACAUUCUGAACAUCGAGGUGAAGGACAAGUUUGCCAAAAGUCGACCAAUCAUCAAACGCUUCCUUGGUCAGCUGACCAUUCCUGUGCAGAGGCUGAUUGAGAAAAUACCUGGUCUCCAGCCUCUGAGCUUCUCUCUGUGUCGACGGUUGCCCACUGAGCACGUGAGUGGCCAGAUGCAGUUCAGGGUGGAGCUCACAUCCACUGGACCUGACGGGGCCUCUCCAGACUCUAUCAUCGGUGUGCCCAAUAACGGGGCCCCUGGGACUCCAUCAGAUGACGAGGAUCUGCCCCACCUACUCCCGGGGGUGGUUACUGGAGGCCCCUCCCCUACUGGCUCCCUGGGCUCACAGAGGUCCUGGGAAGGCGGGGCCACAGCCUAUCCAGUCCCAGACUACAGGGACUUUAGCGGUACAGAGGGCAGAACCACAGAGGGUGAAUCCUACUCUGGCCCUCUACGGUUGCAGAGGUCCCUGAGCGAAGGCCUGGAUGCCAUCGAGGCCCCCAAGGGCCCCGGAGAGAGGCCCCUGGGCGCCGCCUCACCGAAGCUGCGCUCUAGCUUUCCCACUCACACACGUCUCAGUGCCAUGCUGCACAUUGACUCAGACGAAGAUGAGGAGCGCUCGGGGCCCACUGACAUUUACCCGGUGCCCGGGUCCCCCCUGCUGCUCAACGGGGGUCCCGAGGGGCCUGAAGAAGAAGACGUUGUCCCAGAGCUACAGCAGGAUCCUGACCCUGAGCAGCUGGAACCCAGGGUGGCGGGAGAUGAACAGUUGGUGGUAACGGGUGAAGAUGGUGCCCCUGGUGGUGAAUCCAAUGUGGCCCCUGAGUUAGACCUGGCCCUCGACUUCGAGGACUCCUCAGAGCCUGAUGUUUUCUCGGAGGUGGAGGAAGUUCCUUUCUUCUCAGAGGCACUGUCCCAGAGUCUUUUGACUGUGGGCCUGGAGGGGCCAGAGGAGGGCCAGGGGCCCGCUGACAACCCCUUGAUGCCGAUUGACACCUGCUCCAUGGCAAUGGCCCCACAGACAGUCUUCUCUUCCUCAGAGAGUUGCCCAAUCACAAUGUCCACGGCUGAGGAGGCAGAGGAGAGGGCAGUAGCUGCCAUUGAUCCAGGGGGAGACUCCUUCACUGGCACUCCACCCACCCACCAGCACGUAGAUGACGAAGGGGGUGGGCAUACGUCAGCCAAUGAGGUUGAAGGAGACGCUCCGUCUGCCAAUGCGCUGGAGCCAGGGGAGGAGAUUAGUGAGCGGAUGUGGAGCUUACAGGUAUCUGGGGAUGUUCCCCAGGAUGAGGAGGGGGAGGAGCCAAGACCCGCAGGGCUGGCCGUAUCUGUUGAUUCAGAUGCAGUUGCCAUGGAGGCAGAUGGAGAAGACGGUGCUCAAGUGAACGGUCACCCCGUGCACUGCCUCCCCUCAGUGCGCCAUGACAUUCACCGUUACCAACGAGUGGACGAACCGUUACCUCCUAACUGGGAGGCGAGGAUCGAUAGUCACGGUCGUAUUUUCUUUGUCGAUCACGUGAACCGGACCACCACGUGGCAGCGCCCCACCGGACCCCCCGCUCCCCAGGGUCUGACCCGCUCCAGCUCCAUCCAACAGAUGGAGCAGCUCAACCGCAGAUAUCAGAGCAUCAGGAGGACAAUGACCAGUGAGAGGUCUGAGGAGAACACAGUUGACCUCCCGCCAGAGCCCACAGAGAGUGACUUUCUACCCCAGACCAUCCCUGAGUACAGGAGAGAGAGCGCAGUGGGUCACUCCAGCUCUCGGUCGCGUCUCUCUCUGCUGCUCCAGUCCCCAAGCGCAAAGUUCCUGUGCAGCACAGACUUCUUUACUGUGCUGCAUUCUAACCCUAGUGCCUACAGCAUGUUUACGAGCAACACCUGCCUGAAGCACAUGAUCAGUAAGGUGCGUCGGGACGCCCACCACUAUGAGCGUUACCAGCACAAUCGGGACCUGGUGGCCUUCCUCAACAUGUUCACCAACAGCCAGCUGGAGCUACCCAGGGGCUGGGAGAUGAAGCACGACCAGACCGGCAAGCCCUUCUUUGUGGAUCACAACUGUCGCUCCACAACCUUCAUCGACCCGCGGCUCCCCCUCCAGAGUGCACACUCAACUAGCCUGCUGGCCCACCGACAGCACCUUAACCGCCAACGCAGCCACAGCGCAGGCGAGGUGGUAGAUGACAUGCGACACUCCAGCCCACCUGCCGUACCCUGCCCCUCCAGCACCUUCAGUGGGUCCACUCGCAAUCAGGACCUGGUGCCUGUGGCCUACAACGACAAGAUUGUGGCAUUUCUACGGCAACCCAACAUCAUUGAGAUCCUGCAGGAGAGGCAGCCAGAGCUUGUCAGGAACCACUCACUCAAGGAAAGGUUACAGUUCAUUCGCAGUGAGGGUGUUUCUGGGCUUGCUCGUCUCUCUAGCGAUGCUGAUCUAGUCAUUUUGCUCAGCCUGUUUGAAGAGGAGGUUAUGUCCUAUGUGCCACCUCAUGCCUUACUGCACCCCAGCUACUGCUCCUCCCCUCAGAGCUCCCCCGGUACUCAGCGGGCGAAUGCACGCGCCCCUGCCCCUUACAAACGUGACUUUGAGGCCAAACUGAGAAACUUCUAUCGCAAGCUGGAGACAAAAGGCUAUGGCCAGGGACCUGGGAAAGUCAAAUUGAUCAUUCGUAGAGAUCACCUAUUGGAGGAUGCCUUCAAUCAGAUAAUGUGCUACUCCCGCAAAGACCUGCAGAGGAGUAAGCUCUACGUCAGCUUUGUGGGCGAGGAAGGACUGGACUACAGCGGCCCCUCGAGGGAGUUCUUCUUCCUAGUGUCGAGGGAGCUGUUUAACCCUUACUAUGGCCUGUUUGAGUACUCCGCCAAUGACACCUACACUGUGCAGAUCAGCCCCAUGUCUGCCUUCGUGGACAACCAUCAUGAGUGGUUCCGUUUCAGUGGGCGUAUCCUGGGCCUGGCUCUGAUCCACCAGUAUCUGCUGGAUGCCUUCUUUACCCGCCCGUUCUACAAGGGCCUGCUGCGCAUCCCGUGUGACCUAAGUGACCUGGAGUUCCUGGAUGAGGAGUUUCACCAGAGUUUACAGUGGAUGAAGGACAAUGACAUCGAGGACAUGCUGGACCUCACCUUUACCGUCAACGAGGAGGUCUUUGGACAGAUCACAGAGAGAGAGCUGAAGCCAGGCGGGGCAGGUAUUCCAGUGUCAGAGAAGAAUAAGAAGGAGUACAUCGAGCGUAUGGUUAAGUGGCGCAUCGAAAGGGGUGUGGCUCAGCAGACGGAGAGCCUGGUGCGAGGCUUCUAUGAGGUGGUGGACGUGCGGCUGGUAUCUGUGUUUGAUGCCCGCGAGCUGGAGCUGGUGAUCGCUGGCACUGCAGAGAUCGACCUGGCAGACUGGAGGAACAACACAGAGUACAGAGGAGGGUACCAUGACAACCACAUAGUAAUCCGCUGGUUCUGGGCGGCAGUGGAGAGGUUCAACAAUGAGCAGAAAUUGAGACUGCUGCAGUUUGUGACAGGCACCUCCAGUAUUCCCUAUGAGGGCUUUGCCUCCCUCAGAGGUAGCAAUGGACCACGCAGGUUCUGUGUGGAGAAGUGGGGCAAAAUCACCUCCUUGCCCAGGGCCCACACAUGCUUUAACCGUCUGGACCUCCCGCCGUACCCUUCGUUCUCCAUGCUCUAUGAGAAAAUGCUGACGGCCGUGGAGGAAACCAGCACCUUUGGCCUGGAGUAACCUUUCCAAAAUGUCCACCACAGCCAGGGGUUGAAUUGGGUAAGAACAAUGGUGGAUAGGAAACCCCACCACCUUAGCUUGAGGCGAGACAGGACUCACAGUACACAAUGGAGACUGAAUAGACAUCGACAAGAAAUUAUCAUUGUGGAGAAAAAACAACAACCUUUGGGACAAUUUCACCAACAAGAUAAUCCCAAUUUGACCCCCUGGCUUUGCUAUACCUCCCUGCUCCAUGAGCCCAUACUUCCUGGAAUAACGUUACUGUUCUUUUACCUACACUGAUGCCCUCCAUUCGAUUCCUGCGUACAACCACCACACUUGUGCUUUAUCUCUUAUCAGUUUAAUGGCCUUGGUUACUGUAUCUCCAGUCCUCCUCCUUCCUUCAGGGGUUCAGCCUGCACUUCAAGCCCAGAGAAACCUUAUCCUAAUCCCCUAUGCUUCCUCCUGGAGUGACCUCGUGUUCUGGACCUCAGAACUGUUUCAUUUUCUACUCUAGGGCUGCAGACUAUGCACACUAUAAUACAUAAUGAACUAAUGCCUUGGCUUCGAACAUACACACAUACACGCUUCUAACGCACACACUUUCAAGAUGACCCUCAUGAGUAAGACCGUUAUCAUUUCUGAAGGGAUUCAAUUGUAUGUCAGAGCUCCUAAGGGGCACCAAAGGCAUUGUCAUACACCAAAACACACUGCACUUACCUUAUGUUAGACUACAUGAGCAAGGCUUUAAAACUGACACACACUUACGUAUGGAUACAAUUGUAGGGUCACUCUUUUUCCAAAUAGAUGAGAUGCACUUUCUCAUAGACGCAUGUAGCUCCACAUGCAUGUACACACACACACACACAUAGACAUUGCCAAACAAAAGGCUUUAUUUCUCACUGAUGUAAUUUUCUCCCAUUCAGUGUACUUACUGAUGAAUGUAUCACAAAAGAGUGAACCUGUGUAUGAACCUGUAUGAAUCUCCAGCUUGCCGUAGUAGGAAGACUGAGGAGUCUUCAAAGAAGAAGAAACACCAGAGCCGCACGAAGUGUAGCUCGUACAAUUGAUGACUGUGGUUGAUUGAGGAAUAUGGAAGCCGAGACUGUGGCAUCGGACAUGUGCCUUGUUAUGAGAGAUAUGAGAGACACUUUUACUCAUUGUUUUACGAAGGGAUGCGUCCAUUUCCUAUUGGGUCACGACUGAAAACUCAGUUGUAACGAGAGACUUUGUAUUGUCUAUUUGAUUGUUCAAAAUUACAUUCAAACGGUUUAUCUGUGUCACACACAAAAAACACAACUCUUAAAGCUAGAAUCCUUAGUUGCUUCCUACAUCUAUUUUUGGACCUAUAAAUUAAUGAUAUAUACCCAUUGAUUCUUGAAGAAUAUAACUUAUAAAUGCAUCAUGAACUUAGUUCAUGAUGAACUUAGAACUUUGUACCCCAUCAGAACCCAAAAUAUAAACUUGUUUUACUCCAAUGAUUGUAAACAAUGUAAAUGUAAACAAACUGUAUAGCCUCAAAACAUGGUUAAAACUGUACUUUUUAUAUCAUGCAUGGUCAGUCCUUGCAUCCAUAGCUCUGUAUAUGAAUUUGAGAGGGGUUACUUUUCUCCAGGCCCAACCCUCAGCUUUCUACCAAAACAGAGGCGGGGUAACACUUUGUUAUUCUUUCAAUUAAGGAUUCUAGCUUUAAGUGUAUUCCAAAACAGUUCCAGGAUGCAAACACAAGAGGGCAGCACAUCAUAUAUGGGUACUUCAGUACCAUCGACACAGCUAUAGAAGCAUUUUUAAGCAUGGGGCAUACACUACACACCAACACAGAUGCUUACAAUUUCUUGAAAGCAUGUUUUCAUCCUGGUUUUGGACUUCUCAGUGCAUAACCCCUACCCAAAGGAUUUAUUUACACACACACACACACACACACACAUUUUCUAUGGGGUGCACACACUACUGUACAGAGGUCUAUGUGAGCUAAACAGACAACUCGGGCUGGAGUAGAUAGUAAUAGAAGCCCCACUGUGAUGCACUGUGGAGGCAGCCUUCAUAUCUCAGCCUGGCUCGAUACUGCAUGCAGGGUCCAUCUCAGCAUCUCUGUGAGCUGCACUGAGUCCGGGAACCCCUAGAUGGUGUUGUGUUAUAGCUCGAUAUUUGCAUGCCGAAAUAGUGCAACACAAGUUUGUCCUUAUUAGAUUUUGCAUGAGGAUAUCGCAAUCGAUGUGGAGAAAAUGGCUGGAGGAGCCAGACAGUACUUUAGGGUAUGUUGCUAUAAUGUGUUCGUAGCACUGUUAUAAAUACGUCCAAAGACAUGACGAGGGAUACGUCAAAUAUAUCUCUGUUUUGUGUCCCAUUGUGUAUGGGUUCACUAACUAUGAAAUGUUAUAACAGGCAUUGUUGUUUAUGUGACAGGUUAUGACGAGUGUUACUGAAGAACUGUGCCAGCACGCUUUAAGGGAAAUUGUUUUGUUACAUUCAAGUGUUUACUUGUCGUGACGAUAUAUCGGAGGAUGGAGGUUAAGGGUCAUAGUUCAUGGCUACACAGAGAACAAAUAGGGGUGUAAUGAAUGACGAAGAGGAAGUGAGAGCACUUUUCUUUGUAUAUACUUGUACAUGUACUGUAUGUCUGUCCCUGUUGUGUAUACAUAUACAGUACCAUUCAAAAGUUUGGACACACCUAGUCAUUCCAGGGUUUUUCUUUAUUUUUACUAUUUUCUACAUUGUAGAAUAAUAGUGAAGACAUCAAAACUAUGAAAUAACACAUAUGGAAUCAUGUAGUAACCAAAAAGGUGUUAAACAAAUCAAAAUAUAUUUUAAAUUUGAGAUUCUUCAAAGUAGCCACCCUUUGACUUGAUGACAGUUUUGCACACUCUUGGCAUUCUCUUUGUUUAACACUUUUUUUGGUUACUACAUGAUUCCAUGUGUUAUUUCAAUUUUGAUGUUUUCACUAUUAUUCUACAAUGUAGAAAAUUGUAAUAAUAAAGACAAACCUUUUAAUGAGUAGGUGUGUCCAUACUUUUGACUGGUACUGUUUAUUUUGCACCAAAUGUACUAAUGGUUUGGGGCUCGCAUAGUCAACCAUGUCUCCCUAUUUCUGUUUAACGGAAUGACCCCAGUCUCGAACGUCCACACAUCCCCACAUCACCUCAAGCUUGGAGGGGCGGCUUUGUGGCAUGUGCAGUAACCUUUCACAAUGGGGUUCAAAUCAUUUCUGCCAAUCAAGACAUUUUCCAUGGCUUUUUCUUCUGCUGCGAAUGUCCAAUAAGAAUAAAGUCAGUCUGCUUCUCGCCCAUUAAGGACAAAACUCACCCCCACCACCACUCCCCUUGCCUGAUCAAUUACCAAUAGGAUUGGACAUCCCACUGUCAGAACUCCACUCUAUGCAAAAGCUCCUGUAUUUCUCCUUUUCACCCCCAAUGAUUGUAUUAAAAGACAAUGGCACAGGGCAAGUUUUAAUUAGCGAUACAUGAAUGUGUGUUUCCUUUCUGUGUAUUUUUUUUAGGUGAAGCAGGGGCUCAGCCAGUAGGGCACAACACUUUUUAUUAAUACAUUUUUAUUUAUUUCACCUUUAUUUAGCCAGGUAGGCAAGUUGAGAACAAGUUCUCAUUUACAAUUGCGACCUGACCAAGAUAAAGCAAAGCAGUUCGACACAUACAACAACACAGAGUUACACAUGGAGUAAAACAAACAUACAGUCGAUAAUACAGUAUAAACAAGUCUAUAUACGAUGUGAGCAAAUGAGGUGAGAUAAGGGAGGUAAAGGCAAAAAAAAAAAGGCCAUGGUGGCAAAGUAAAUACAAUAUAGCAAGUAAAACACUGGAAUGGUAGAUUUGCAGUGGAAGAAUGUGCAAAGUAGAAAUAAAAAAUAAUAGGUUGCAAAGGAGCAAAAUAAAUAAAUAAAUAAAAUAAAUACAGUAGGGAAAGAGGUAGUUGUUUGGGCUAAAUUAUAGGUGGGCUAUGUACAGGUGCAGUAAUCUGUGAGCUGCUCUGACAGUUGGUGCUUAAAGCUAGUGAGGGAGAUAAGUGUUUCCAGUUUCAGAGAUGUUUGUAGUUCUUUCCAGUCAUUGGCAGCAGAGAACUGGAAGGAGAGGCGGCCAAAGAAAGAAUUGGUUUUGGGGGUGACCAGAGAGAUAUACCUGCUGGAGCGCGUGCUGCAGGAGGGUGAUGCUAUGGUGACCAGCGAGCUGAGAUAAGGGGGGACUUUACCUAGCAGGGUCUUGUAGAUGACAUGGAGCCAGUGGGUUUGGCAACGAGUAUGAAGCGAGGGCCAGCCAACGAGAGCGUACAGGUCGCAAUGGUGGGUAGUAUAUGGGGCUUUGGUGACAAAACGGAUUACACUUAGAGAGCAGCAUAUAGAGAUCUACAGCAUACCAUGGACAUGGUUUUCUAUUCUCUAUAUUUAUUUUUGCAGAAAGAAAGAAACACAUGCACAAACACAUUUUAUUUUAACUCUGCAUUCCAUAAAGUAUUUUGGAAAAUAUGAAAAUACAGAGUUCCAGCUAAACAAUUGAAUUGCCCCAUUUAUUAUUUUUUUUUUUUUUCUGAUCUAUGAUUGUAUUUAUGCUUUACAGCUUUUUGUACAAUACAUGUGUGAAUGACCCUGUCAUUGUGAGAUACUAGGUUCACAUCGAUGAUGCCGUCCGUUUGAAGAAGCCCCUCAUCGUAAGUAUGGUGUUUGAGAAGCCACGCGCUGCAAGUAUGGGUAACCGCAUACAGUAUGUGGAGUGUGUCUGAAAGUGGGCGUGUCAACAGAAGUGGAAGGAACCACAGCGAUAGGCAUUACACCAGUGCUCUGUAAUUGGUUAGGCGGUUUUAAUUGAGUGUGUUGUUUUUAGUUUCUUAACACAUUUUUAUUGGUCGGUUCCCGACCGUGUGAAACAAGACUGGGAGAGCUACAAGGCACUCUAUUCUUGAUAGAGAAUCAUACUGUGCCAUUUGAAUGUUAACAAAACACACAAAAAACACCUCACGUAUAGCGAAAAUAAAAGUAAUUUUGAUGUCAGUUA